AUGAACGAAAACCCCUUUUCCAGGCUCGCGCUGCACUUCCAGCGGCUGGAUUUCCGCAGGGUCAGCUCCGCCUUCACCAAAACCGCCUUAGGUAUAGCCAGCUUCCAGAAGAGCCUUCAUCUUCCCGUCUCCAGCAGGGCGUUUCCCUGUGUGAGGGCCGUGAGCGUGGAGGGAGAGACGGCAGUGGAGGAGGCAGUGGAGGCUGUUCCCGAGAGCACCGAUGCCGCCGCCGAGCAAACGCCUGCUCCGUCUGCUGCUGCUGAGGAGAAGACGGAGGAGAGGAAGGCGCGGCCUGGGGCUACCAGGAGGAGAAAGGUUACCGUGAACGUCGAGGACCUCCAGCCUGGCCAAGAGCUCACUGGCAAAGUUCGCUCGGUGAAGCCGUACGGAGCCUUCGUCGACAUUGGCGCGUUUACCGACGGCCUCGUCCACAUCUCCCAGCUCGCGACGGGUUUCGUGAACAAGGUUGAGGAUGUGGUAACCGUCGGGCAGGAGGUUGUAGUGCGAGUGAUCGAGGCCAGCAAGGAGUCCGGCCGCAUCGCGCUCACCAUGCGCGACCCGGAAGCGGAGCGCGUGGCGGCGGAGGAGACGGCGGCCGUUGAUGCGGAGCGGAAGGCGUCGGCGCAGCAGCGGCGCCAGUCCGCGGGGGGCGCGGAGGGGGACGCGUCCGAGCGCAAGGUGGCGGGCAGGGGCCGCAGGCAGCAGCGGGAGGAUCAGAAGCCGACGCAUAACUACAAGAAGGGGCAGAAGGUGAAGGGCGUGGUGAAGAACCUGACGUCAUACGGAUGCUUCGUGGAGCUCGAGGGGAAGGUGGAGGGGCUCCUCCACGCCUCCGAGAUCGCCCCUGGUGGCGACAUGGUGCCUGUGGAGUCGCUGGUGUCGGUGGGCCAGGAGCUCGAGGUCACUAUUGCAAAGGUUGAGAAGAACCGCAUCAGCCUGACAAUGAAGGAAGAGGUCGAUGUGACUCUCUUCAACGAGACGAGCCCCCAGGACGAAGAGAUUCGUGCACUCAACCCCUUCGAGGCGGCCUUCCGCCGCGCCAACCUCGUCACUGACGCCCCCCGCCGCGCCCCGGCUGCUGCUGACGCGGAGGAGGAGCUUCUGGUGGUGGAGAAGAAGGAAACAGCUGAGGCAGCGGCAGAGACAGUGGCGGAGGCUGUAGAGGAGGCAGCAGAGGAGGCAGCAGAGGCAGUGGCGGCUGCUGUGGAGGAGGAGAAGGAGGAGAAGGUAGAGGAGGAGGCGGCACCUGUGCCGCUUGAGGCUGUUGCUGCUGCUGAGCCUGCUGCGGCUGAAGCUGUUGCGGAAGCGGCGGAGGCUGUGCUGGUGGCAGAUAUCCCGGCUGUGGAGGAGACGAAGGAGGAGGCUGCUCCUGCUCCUGCCGCCACCCCCGCAGCAGGUAGCAGCAUUUCAGCGGCGGUGGUGAAGCAGCUGAGGGAGGAGACGGGGGCUGGCAUGAUGGCAUGCAAGAAGUCCCUUAACGACGCCAACGGGGACCUCGACACGGCCCACGAGAUCCUCCGCAAGAAGGGCCUCGCCACAAGGGGCUUGGUGCUUUCCGCAGCAGGUGGCAUUUCAGCCGCAGUGGUGAAGCAGCUGAGGGAGGAGACGGGGGCCGGCAUGAUGGCAUGCAAGAAGGCUCUCACCGACGCCAACGGGGACCUCGACACGGCCCGCGAGAUCCUCCGCAAGAAGGGGCUCGCUUCCGCCGACAAGAAAGCUUCCCGCAUUGCGUCCGAAGGGCUCGUGAGCAGCUACGUUCACUCGGACCGCAUCGGCGUUCUCAUCGAGGUGAACUGCGAGACGGAUUUCGUCGCCCGAGGGAGUGCGUUCCAGGAGCUGGUGGAAGAUUUGGGCAUGCAGGUGGCGGCGUGCCCCCAGGUGGAGGUGGUAUCUGUGGAGGAUGUGCCUGCGGAGCAGGUGGCGAAGGAGAGGGAGGUGGAACUGGGGAAGGAGGAUCUGGCGAGCAAGCCUGAGGCGGUUCGCGGGAAGAUUGUGGAUGGGCGGAUGGCGAAGAGGUUGAAUGAGCUAGCUCUGUUGGAGCAGCCGUAUAUCAAGAAUGAUAAGGUGAUGGUGAAGGAUGUGGUGAAGCAGGCCAUUGCUUCUCUCGGCGAGAACAUCCGCAUUCGCCGCUUCGUGCGGUUUAACCUCGGGGAGGGAAUCGAGAAGAAAUCGGCUGAUUUCGCAGCGGAGGUGGCUGCAGCCAGCCAGGUGCAGGCCCCUGCCGCGCCUGCUGCUCCUGCCCCUGCCGCUCCUGCCGCCGAAGCUGCGCCCGAGCCUGCCGCCGACAAGCCCAAGGUCGCCGUGUCUAUGGCGGCAGUGAAGCAGCUUCGGGACGCCACCGGCGCCGGCAUGAUGGACUGUAAGAAAGCACUUGAAUCCACCAGUGGGGAUGUUGAUGCUGCCCGGGAGCUGCUCCGCAAGAAGGGUCUGGCCAGCGCAGACAAGAAGGCAUCUCGCAUCGCCGCGGAGGGCAUUGUCGGGAGCUACAUUCACGACGGGCGCAUCGGCGCUCUCAUCGAGAUCAACUGCGAGACGGACUUUGUCGCGCGGGGGGACAAGUUCCGGGAGCUGGUGGACGACCUGGCGAUGCAGGUCGUGGCGUGCCCGGGCGUGCAGGUGGUGAGCGAGGAGGAUGUGGAUUCGGCCUGGCUCGCCAAGGAGCGGGAGAUUGAGAUGGGGAAGGAGGAUCUGGCGAGCAAGCCCGAGGCGGUGCGCGGUAAGAUUGUGGACGGGCGGCUGGCGAAGCGCGUCUCAGAGCUGGCUCUGCUGGAGCAGCCGUUUAUUAAGAACGAUAAGGUGACUGUGAAGGAGGUGGUGAAGGAGGUGGUGGCUGCGCUGGGGGAGAACAUCCGCGUGAGACGGUUUGAGAGGUUUACGCUGGGAGAGGGGAUUGAGAAGAAGGUGUCGGAUUUUGCUGCUGAGGUGGCUGCUGCUGCGGGGCAAGCGUAA